AUGGCUUGUUAUUUCAAUUUAAUUUGCCUUUUUGUGUUCCUCUGCAUUAUUCUCCCAAGGAUUACAACUGAUGAAGCCACACAUUUAAACUCCACAUCAAUCAGAGAACUGCUGAUCUCCUCAUAUCAAGAGAGUCUUCAAAUUGUACAGGAAGCCUCAAUCCACUCUGGACAACAACGAAGCUCACCCUCAUCUUCCAUGCAUGUGUUUACAUUCUUUCGGCAAACCGAGCCUGAGACCCUGGAGACUUCCCGAGCUGCAGAGGUUUUUCAAACAACUCUGCAAGUCCUAAAGAACAGAGUUAGGCAGAGAUGUAAAAGGGAUGUCACAGUACCAGAGUUGCUUUCCUGGGAGGAUGUGGAGCUGAUUGCAGAGCUGUCUCAAUGUCCGCCUGUAACGCAUCCAGCCAUCUGUCUGAAUAGUCAUCUCAACAAGUACCGCUCCAUAUCUGGCAUCUGCAAUAACAGGCAAAAUCCUCUUUGGGGAGCAGCCAACACUCCCUUGGUCAGGUGGCUUCCAGCUGAAUAUGAAGACGGAGGGAGCGAACCCAAGGGUUGGAACCGAGGAUGGCUCCAUAAUGGAUUCCAACUUCCCUCGACAGGAGAUACUAUCACUGGAGUACAAAGCUGUAUGCCGUUUUUUCGCUCCAGACCAGCCUGCUUCAUUAAUUUUGGGUCUGAUAUUCAACAAGCUCUGCAGCGACAACAGAUGAAUGUCAUCACAUCAUUUAUAGAUGCUUCGGUUGUGUAUGGUCACACUCCAAGGCUGGAGAGCUCCCUCCGUGACCUCUCUGGCCUCAAUGGGAAACUUGCUAUCAACGACCAAUUCAGGGAUCCCAAAGGAAGACCUUACCUUCCAUUCAUAGCCACUCAGCCUCACUCAGUGCCAUCAGCCUGCCAACAGGGUCCACAUGGGGAGAGAGUGGAGUGUUUCAGUGCUGGAGACAGUCGGGUUAAUGAGGGUCUGCCCCUGAUCUGUUUGCAUGUACUGUGGCUUAGGGAACACAAUCGGAUUGCAGAGGCACUGAAACACAUUAAUGGUCAUUGGAGCCCAGAGACUAUUUACCAAGAAACACGCAAGAUUAUUGGAGCUCUGCAUCAGAUCAUAACCAUGAGAGAUUAUGUUCCAAAAAUUAUUGGCCAGGAGGCUUUUGAACAUUACAUUGGACCCUACAGGGGAUAUGAUCCAACCACAGACCCCUCAGCCUCCAAUGUGUUUGCCACUGCUGCAUUCAGGUUCGGCCAUGCUACCAUCUCUCCGAUCCUCAUGAGACUGAAUGAGAGCUUCCAGAGGCAUGAGCACUUCCCCCACUUGAGAGUAUCCAACUCUCUCUUCAGUCCAUGGAGAAUAGUCAAAGAAGGUGGGAUUGAACCAGUCCUGAGAGGUGCAUUUGGAAGUGCAGCGUCAGCUGUUAGCGCAGACAUGCUCCUAACAGAGGAGUUAACAGAUAGUCUGCUGAUCUUUAAUGUGACACAGCACAUGGACCUGGCUGCACUGAACCUGCAGAGAGGACGAGAUCACGCUCUCCCAGGAUACAAUGCCUGGCGAUCCUUCUGUGGACUGAGGCGCAUCAAGACACUGGAUGAUUUCAAAAAGGUUGUGAGAGACUACAGGGUCACUGAGCGGAUAGCACAAAUAUACAAACAUCCCAACAAUAUUGAUGUCUGGCUUGGAGGGCUUGUUGAGUCCUUGUUGCCGGGCUCAAGAACUGGACCCCUCUUUGCAUGCCUGAUUGGAAAGCAGAUGAAAGCGCUUCGUGAUGGCGAUAGGUUUUGGUGGGAGGCUGAAGGUAUGUUCAGCCAGCAACAAAAGGCAGAGCUUUUGAAAGGUUCCCUGUCUCGAAUCAUCUGUGACAACAGUGACAUAAGGAAACUCCCCCGUGAUCCUUUCAUGCUCGGGAAAUACCCCUACGACUAUGUUUCUUGUGAUCAAAUGCCAUUGAUUAAUUUGAAAGCUUGGAGGGAGGAAAAGAGCCAAGACUUAAAACAGUGUGGCACUCCGAGAAAGAUAAAGAAUGGGGAUUUUAUUUUGUCCUCUUCAUAUGGCAAACUGGUUGCUCUGUACUCCUGUUACCAUGGUUUCAAGUUAAAGGGUGCUGCUGCUAUAGUUUGUGAGGGAAAUCGAUGGAGUGAUCAACCCCCACAAUGUACAGGGAAUCGUCACUAAGUUGUUGUCAGUGCAGCGGAUCCAGAAAUUCUUCAG